CAGUCUAAAUACGUGACUUUAAAAGAGAGACAUGGGGCACAAAGCUACCAUGAAGUUCAGCCACCCAAGCCCUGCAUUCUUCAUGUGUGCACUUUUCCUUCGUGGGUUUAAUCUUAAAAGUUAGAUUUUUUAUGAUUAUUUUAAAAAAUCUAUAAUUCAGAAGAUAAACUCGAUGUCUUUAUAGCCUAAAUGUUUCUGAAGACCAACAAUACUGAGAUAGGUGUUCUGUCGAUUUCAAAUGCUGCAGUUUUUCCAGCCAGUUACUACUUAAUUUACAAAAAAACCCCACCUAUGUUUCCUAAACACGGUGUCUUCCAGAGUUACCAUCUGUAUGAAAGCAUAAGGAUCUUCAGCAUUCAAAUUGCAGUAAUUAUAGUUGUAGACUCUUAGGAGAGAAGAGACUUUUGACUGAAUCUACUUUAGAGAUUCCGGACCUAACCCAAUCAAUGUCCUUCACUGUCUCAGGUUGUAUUUUAGACCAGUACUGGGGGAAACCAGCAAGAUCCUCACCGAAAACAACAACAACAACAACAACAAAAUCGUAAGUCUGAAUUUAAAUCUGAAAACAAACUCCUUACAUUCCAGUUCUAAAAAGGACAAAACAUUGAGUGGAAGACAUUCACCCUGAAUCAACACAGAAGACUGGGGACUCCUUCUGAGGCAAAGAGCUGCUAAACAGAUCAUUCCAGCUGCCCACACUCUGCUUGGCAGAUGCUUCCAUCUCCAAGGAACCGAGGCAAAGCCUGAUUCAAUGAAGAAUGGAAAGAAGGUCUCCUAGAUAAGAAGCAAACCAGCUUUUGGGAGGAAGAUAAAAUCUGUCUGGAUCUUUGGAGUCGUUCAGAGGAAGGGCUGGCUAUAAAAGCUUGAUCGUGCCAGUGAGGACACCCUGGAAACUGAAUGUGAGAAGACACAGACAUUCCCUGCCGGGUGGGUGUCGGGAAAAUCCACAGCAAGUCACGGGAGGAGCUGGAGCUGCCAUCACUUCUCCCUGAGCAGCAAUUUCAACAAGGAAAACAAAUGGGUGAAGAAAGCUUGAAGAGAAGAAAAGGAGAGGACAAAGGAAGAGAGGACAGACAAUCCAUUCAGAGUCAUGAGCCCCCAACGAUGAACCUACAAAAGCAGGUGGGGCUCAUUAGUGGAAUCUGUAUGAUUGUUGGUACAAUUAUUGGCUCAGGUAUCUUCGUUUCUCCAAAAUCAGUUCUUGCCAAUGUUGAAGCUGUGGGUCCUUGUUUAACCAUCUGGGCAGCCUGUGGAGUUCUGGCAACAUUAGGUGCACUUUGUUUUGCUGAGCUUGGUACAAUGAUCACAAAGUCUGGGGGAGAAUAUCCUUACCUCAUGGAGGCGUUUGGCCCAAUUCCAGCGUUUUUGUUUUCUUGGACAAGCCUGCUGGUCACAAAACCCAGCUCCUUUGCAAUCAUCUGCCUCAGCUUCGCAGAAUAUGCCUCAGCUCCUUUCUAUCCAGGCUGUGAUCCUCCCCAGGCUGUCAUCAAGUGUCUGGCAGCAGCUGCUAUUGUGGUAAUUACAAUUGUGAAUUCAUUGAGUGUGAAGCUGGGAAGUUACCUCCAGAAUUUUCUCACAGCUGCUAAAAUGAUCAUUGUCACAAUCAUUAUUGUAAGUGGAAUUGUUCUCCUUGCACAAGGAAAAACUGAUAACUUCAAAGAUUCUUUCAAGGGCAGUAAAAUUUCUGUUAGCUCUAUUAGUUUGGCAUUUUAUAAUGGACUCUGGGCAUAUGAUGGAUGGAAUCAACUCAAUUACAUCACAGAAGAACUUAAAAAUCCUUACAGAAAUCUACCACUGUCCAUAAUUAUUGGAAUCCCCCUGGUCACGGUUUGUUACGUUCUGAUAAACGUUUCCUAUUUCACUGUGAUGACUUCAACAGAGCUCCUGCAGUCCCAGGCUGUUGCUGUGACAUUUGGAGAUAGAGUCCUUUAUCCAGCCUCUUGGAUAGUUCCUCUCUUUGUGGUAUUUUCGACGCUUGGAUCUGCCAAUGGCACCUGCUUCACUGCAGGCAGACUUGUUUAUGUGGCAGGUCGUGAAGGGCACGUGCUAAAGAUACUGUCUUACAUCAGUGUCAAGCACUUAACACCAGCACCUGCUAUCAUAUUUUAUGGGGUCAUUGCUAUUAUUUAUAUUAUUCCUGGUGACAUUAAUUCACUCAUAAAUUACUUCAGUUUUGCAGUCUGGAUAUUUUAUGGUUUAACUGUACUUGCACUAAUUGUUAUGAGGUUUACAAGGAAGGAACUCAAGAGACCCAUCAGGAUACCCAUCAUCAUUCCUGUCAUAGUGACACUGGUCUCAAUUGUGCUGGUAUUGGCACCAAUCAUCAGUGCACCUGAACUGCCCUAUUUGUACUGUACUUUAUUUAUACUUAGUGGACUUAUAGCUUAUGCACUUUUUGUUCAUUUAAAAUUCAGCUGGGCACAAAAAAUAUCAAAGCCCAUCACUAUGCACCUCCAGAUGCUUAUGGAAGUUGUUCCAGAAGAGGACGUUACUGAGUGAAGUAUUUUAUACCCACCAGGUUGUUUUUAAGUGCUGUACUGGUUGAAGUACAUUCAAUUUGGUUUGGCACACAUAUAUACUUGCUAAAUUGUUAUGUUUGUACUGGUGUAUUAGUUUUGCAACACUUCAGUACUUCAAAGCAUCAAAUACAUAUAAUAAAAGAUCUCUAAGCCAGACUACAGUGUCCAGCAAAGCUGGUUUCAUUGUUUGUUAAUAAGUUAUGGUGUCUUGUUUUCUGAAUUAAAAUUUUUAGCAAAGUUGUGUUUUAAUGUCUUUACAAGUAAUGCCAUGGGUGUUAAUGUGAUAGAUGAGUAAUGUGAUGAUUGACUCUCACAAUUAACAGACAAAUAUCACAUUAGGUUAAGAAAACAUAUAGGUUAAGAAAAGUUUUAUAGAUUUAUAGUUAUGUUGUACCCCCUCACGUGGUUAUCAAGGGCCAUCUGGGAGGGCUGGCUUGUCACUAUGGUGACAUCUGACCUCCAAUCAGGAUUUGAGGAAGAGAUCUCCACCACUGGACAGCACAGAAGGGGUCGAUGGACAGAACUUUGGGAGGGGUUAAAGGGUUAAGAGGUGAAACCUCCAUUGUGUGGGUGAGCACACGGUGGGAAGCCUUUUUCUCUAUUCAGUUUUCUGUUGUGUUUUUGGUAAGGUUUAAUAAACCUUUCUAAAUUAUGAAA